UCAUAUCUCCAAAAGCAGCAGCAAGAUUCGACAAGAACAUGACCUCUCAUUUCCCCGCCACCAUCAGCUUCCUCUUCGUCCUCCUCCUCUCCAACUCCGCCUCCGCGGCCAACGACACCGGACCCGCGACGCCGUCGGAGUGCGACGCGGCGUCCCUGGGGGAGUGCUACAACAAGCCCGAGGCGCUGCGGCUGAAGCUCAUCGCCAUCGGCACCAUCCUCGUGGCCAGCAUGAUCGGCGUCUGCCUCCCGCUCUUCUCCCGCGCGGUGCCGGCUCUGCGGCCCGACCGCAACCUCUUCGCCAUCGUCAAGGCCUUCGCCUCAGGCGUGAUCCUCGCCACCGGCUACAUGCACGUCCUGCCCGACUCCUUCGAAAACCUCAGCUCGCCGUGCCUCCCCAAGAACCCUUGGUCCAAGUUCCCCUUCACGGCCUUUGUCGCCAUGUUGUCGGCCAUCUUCACGCUGAUGGUGGACUCCCUGAUGCUGACAUUCUACAACAGGAGGAAGGUCAGCAAAGCGACGGUCACGGACCAUGAGAGUCCGAUCCACGAGAUGGUGCCUGUUCCGCAUGGACAUGGCCACGGCCAUUGCGGCGUGCCGCAGCUCGAUGCGGACGGCAAAGAUGGGCAAGAAGCAGUCUUGCUCCGAAACCGCAUUAUAGCACAGGUGCUAGAGAUGGGCAUUAUAGUACACUCGGUGGUGAUAGGGCUAUCAAUGGGAGCCUCUCAGAACCCUUGCACCAUUCGCCCUCUGGUGGCUGCUCUUUGUUUCCACCAACUCUUUGAAGGAAUGGGACUCGGUGGUUGCAUCCUUCAGGCUGAGUACGGGAUAAAGAUGAAGGCCAUCUUGGCCUUCUUCUUCGCAACGACGACUCCGUUCGGGGUGGCUAUCGGAAUCGGCCUGUCGAACGUUUACCGAGACAACAGCCCCACGGCUCUCAUCGUCGUCGGGCUGCUGAACGCGUCGUCGGCGGGGCUGCUCAACUACAUGGCUCUGGUGGAUCUGUUGGCGACCGACUUCAUGGGUCCUAAGCUGCAAGGCAGUGUGAAGCUCCAACUCUGGGCGUACUUGGCCGUGCUCUUGGGUUCCGGGGGCAUGUCUCUCAUGGCAAAAUGGGCUUAGAGGAUGUUUGAUAUGUGAGACAUGCAAGGUUCUAUUUUGUAAUAAAGCUGUUGUUGUGUCAUCUGUUGCUUUGACAAUGUAUGAAUCCUAUUAUACAAAGUCAAAGGCCAUUGUCCAAUUGCUAGAGCAAAAGAGUGUACUGUUAACUCAAUUGGACUUUCUUCGAAGAAACAUUUAGCCUCUACCUUAUUAUACCACUUAAUGAUCUCUUCACAUUUCUUU